AUGAGGAUUGAGACCAGGGAGGACAAAUCCCCACAGCAGAACCUCGUGGAAGAAGCCGUUUUGAGCAGUGCCACGCUGGUGGUCCAUGAGCAGCUUUAUGAUCAGAAGAAGCCCUACAAGUGCUCAGAGUGUGAGAAGAGCUUCAGGCACAGCAGCACCCUGAUCAGCCACCAGAUGAUCCACACCAGGGAAUGGCCCUAUGAGUGUGGGGAGUGUGGGAAGGGCUUCAGCUACAGCUCCACCCUCCUCAGGCACCAACGCAUCCACACUGGGGAGAAGCCCUACGAGUGUACCCAGUGUCAGAAGAGGUUUCGGACCAGCUCCAGUCUCCUCCAGCAUCAGCAGAUUCACACAGAUGAGCGGCCCUUCUGCUGCCCUGACUGUGGAAAAGGCUUCAAGCGCAACUACACCCUCGUCAGCCACCGGCGCAUCCACACUGGGGAGAGGCCCUACGAGUGUCCUGAGUGUCAGAAGAGGUUUUACACCAGCUCUGAUCUCCUCCUGCAUGAGCAGAUUCACACGGAUGAGAGACCCUUCCUCUGCCCUAGCUGCGGGAAGGGCUUCAAGCGCAACUCCCACCUCAUCAGGCACAAGCGGACCCACACUGGGGAGAGGCCUUACGAGUGUGGGGAAUGUGGGAUGAGCUUUAGCCAUAACUCUAACCUGAUCUCCCACCAGAAGACCCACACCAGAGAACAGACCUAUGAAUGUGGGGAAUGUGGGAAGAGCUUCAGUCUGAAGUCUCUCUUGAGCUGCCACCAGAGGAUCCACACUGGGGAAAGGCCAUACAAGUUUUGGGAAUGUGGGAUGACCUUUACUAGGAGGCCCCCACUGAUCAUCCACCAAAUGACCCACACUGGGGAGAAGCCCCACAAGUGCCCUGAGUGUCAGAAGAAGUUUCACACCAGUUCUCAUCUCGUCCAGCACCAGCGGAUUCACACGGUUGAGAGGCCCUUCCGCUGCCCUGACUGCGGGAAGGGCUUCAAGCACAACUACACCCUGAUGACCCAGCGGCGCAUCCACACUGGGGAGAGGCCC